CUGCGGGCUAUCAUUCCAUUUUGUUGUUAAACAGACUAUACCCGUUUAAAUAGCUGACACAUGUGAAUUCCAGAAUGGCAACCAGCUAGUAUCACAUUGAAUGUUCUAAUUCUUACUGAGAACUCUUUAGAUAGUGGCCAAAAAAAAAAGUUAACAAAACUACGAAAAGUUUAGUUUUUUUCUUAUCAUUUAAAUAAUGGAAUAAAGUGUUUUAAAUGAUCAACUUAAGUAUAUUCACAUAUUUAAAAAAAACAAAUACUCAUUUUCACGAAGGCUUGUUUACAGUUUCCAGCAUAGGCAACUUGUGAAUCAUGUCAUUAAACAGCUGCUUCGUGACGUGCGGGUAAGUGUACGAUAAGAAAGAUACUUCAAGUGAAGAAGCACAGAAUAUUUACCUCUGGUCUCUAUUAUGUGAAGCAGAAGUGAACAAAGUGUCCAGAUUUUUGUGUUUCCGCAACACAUUGUUGUCUAAACAUGGCUUAUAGUGGGCUCUGGAACAUACAUUGCAGUCCCUUCCUCUUGACGCUAUUCUGUUUGGCUCAUUUGGCUGCCAAUGUAGUCGGCCACGGUGAAACCACAGAUGGCGUGCCCCUGGCUAAAAAGUUGGAGGAUACUGUGGUCACAGAUAUGUUGAGGAUUGUAGAUAACAAAUUUGAUACACUUACAACAAGAAUUACAUCCCUAGAAAGAGCAGUCUCCAACCUCCAGUUUUAUUCCAUAAGACAAUUUAGACAAAUCAAUGGCCGUCUACAGAAUAGUGAAAAUGGUCAAGAUGCGCUUUCUAAACAGGUAGGCCAGUUAGAAGUGGGUGGACAAGCAAUGAAGAUAUCUUUAAGUUUACUCAGUCGAGAUAUGACAGAGUUAAAGACAAGUAGUUCAAGUCUUGUGACAGAGCUAGAGUCAAGUGUGGCGUUCAUCAAUGAGAACAUAGAUAAACAAAUCAAUUAUGUCAAGACUUUAGUAGACGACACUGUUGCCAAAUUGUCCCACGAGACCUAUCAGAUAAUAAGUAAACAAUAUGAAAAUUUUACAGACUUCACUCAAAAAGAGCUAGAGCAGCGCAACUGUACUGUAGAUUUGACUGGCAUAACUCAAUAUUUUGAUGCCAAACUAGAUGAUAUGGAGAUAUCUAAACAGAAUUUAAUGGAAUCAACCCCUAAGAAAAUUAAAAAUGUUGAAAGUGAAGAAAAAUCAGAGUUGGCAGAGUUAGCAGAACUAAAAGACACUGUUGAAACUAAAUUUGAAGCUUUUAAAACUAGCAAAACUGUAAGGGACAAACCAGAUGAAAGUGGCAUUAGUAAAGAAGAAAGUGAAAUGGAUAAACAAGUGAUGAGUGCUUUAACCAAUAUGACAGAUAUGGUUCUUCAGGCAACUAGUUUUUUGAGAAAUACAGGAGAACUUUUAGAGAGGAUAGUCUCGAAUACAGAUCUCAUUGCUAGCUCACAGGCGGAAAUCACUCAGAAAUGUAAGUCACUCCAGCUACCAAGACAACCUCAAAAUGAUGAGUUUGAAGUCUUUAAUACAAUACCUGGAUCUGUCUCUAAUGAGGGCCACAAUCAAUUUUCUCAGACAGCCUGGCAACCAUUUUCUAAGGAUUUAGCUUGGAAAUUUGCAAACAUACUUCAAAAUGGCAGUCAACUGCUGGAGGUGCUCUCAGAUUUGGCUCAGUUGAGCUCAGUCUCUUUGACUCAAGCCACCAAUUCUUUGCAUGAUGAGAUCAGGAGAAUGGAAGGACUUAGAACAAGUAUCACUACAACAUUCUUAGCCAGGACUUCUGAAGAGGACUCUAUGCGAAGAGUAAUCAACAGCACAAAUCAAAUGAUCAAGCUGCUAGAAUCUGUAGCUACAAAUACAGGCUGGCUUCCCUCCAUCUAUAAAAACAUACAAAAUGUGGAAGUCUUAACCAAUCGAUCUUUAUUUAUGGUGAACAGAAACUAUAAUUUAUUUUUUCAAACUUUGCAAAGUAAAACUAAAAAAAAUGACGAGAGUACUUCAGAGUCAGCAUCAAACCAGAAAGGUUCUCAAAGUUUUCGACAAGCCGCAAAAAGUAGUAACAUCACUAAAGAAGAAAGAGGACUUGAUAAGGAAUCCUUUGAAACUAUAUACAGUACAAGUUUGCAACUAAACCGUAUAAUGCCAGCAUUAACUAAACUUCUAGCAGAACCUGAUCCGCUCAUUUCUCUUGUUGGAGGUGGACGAGCCGAUCAAGGAAGAGUAGAAAUCUAUUAUAAAGGGCAUUGGGGUAUCUUAUGUCACAAUAACCUUACACAUUCUGAAGCAGACAUCAUAUGUCGCCAUCUUGGCUUUCGAGGUGGAAUUUCAGCAGGUGCUGGCCAUUUUGGAGCAGGCACUGGUAUUGCCUGGACUUUCAAUGCCACAUGUUUGGACAGCUCAGAGUGUGAGGCUGUGAAUUAUACCCAGUCAACUGCUCACUGUAAUCAUGAGAUGGCAGCAGCUGUUAAAUGUGAUCAUAUGUUACGAAUUGUUCCAUUUGUGGGAUCGAGAAACCUUAAAGUUGGGCGCUUAGAAAUUCACCACAGGGGCUUGUGGCUACCUAUAUGUAAUGAAGGCUGGACUGGUUUCUCUGCCCAAGUGGCCUGCAAGCAAAUGGGUUUCCUAGAUGGGAGAGAACUAGACAUAGGACGCUGGGAAGACGGUGCCCAAUCAGCUUGGCUCAGCAAAGUGUCUUGUACAGGAAAUGAAACCAGACUUGACGCCUGUGAUACUGAAGGCUGGAUCUCCUCAUGCUCACAUCCAUUACCAGCAGGUGUCAGGUGUAUCUAGUAGGAGCUGACUUGUCAAUUGAAACAAAGAGAGACAUAUGUAGGUUUCUAUCUCACCAGUGUUUGCCAACCAUCAAGUUAGGUUUUAGUCAAAUGCUACAGAAUAUUGUUUUGAGUAUAUUUUAUACAUAUUAUUUAUUUUGGUUUCUAUUUCUAGUCACUUCCAUAUUUUCAUCUUGGUCAUUCAUAUGUGGCACAGCAUGGUCAGACACAUUUCUCACUCAUUUGUUAAAAUGAAUUUUGUUGACAGAAAAGUAUUGAACAAAAUGUGUUCGCUCCCUGGAUGUAGUCUUUUCAAUGUCAUCCCAUUUUGAAGGCAAGAACAUAAAGCCUUCUGGUUGGUCUAUGGAUAAACCAUAAGCACCAUCAACUCUGUAAUUUGAUUAAAACAAAAUUACAUCCUGUUAGGGUAUUAUCUUAAUACAGCUGGUCUCAGCUCUACAUGUAAAAAUGUGGAUUUAAGACAGUACCUGUACAAAGAUCUGAUUUAAAUGUUAUGAUAUCACAGGGCUACGAGAUAUGUUAAUCUAUUGUCUUGAAAAACAAUAUACAAAAAGUUGUAUUACUGAUUCAAAUGAGAAUCACAUACGGUACUUAGAGGAAACUAAGGCAUUCAAUAGUUGCAGCUAUACAACUGAAAAAAGAAAGUUAAGAAGCUAACUUUAAUGUGCAAGUGUGACUGUUAUAUAUCCAAUUGAAAUUGAUUUCUUAAUCCAAUAAUUGUGUUUUUUCUCUUAUUACUCUACUCUUUUAACAUAUGGCCAUUGAUGUGUCAAUCCCAGGACCAGAAUAACUCAACACAGAAACACUUGUAAUAAUACUAUUCAAAACUUGAAAAAAACAAAUCUAGGAUUACAUGCCUUGGGGGGUAUCAAACUAGACAAUCACAUUUUAAUACUAGUAAAUAAUGAAAUGAGCGACAAGUCUUCAAAAUGUGUAUGUAAGAUUAAUAUACAUUGAUGCUAUUGAAUAGGAAAUGUAACUAUAAAAGACUAUAUUGUUGUUGCACUGUAAACUGCUGCAUUCUUUGUGUGUUAGUUGAUAGAAAGAUGGUUUUACUUUUGUUUUCUCCACCUGUCCCACUGGCCAACAAAAUUAGGGAAUGAUUUCAUUUCUGUAAAAAGGUCAUUACAUUUGUUGAAGAGAAAUGAAGCAGCUAGUUCUUAUUUCAUGCUGGUGUUGAAGAGCAAAAUGUGCAUCUAUCUUUGAACACUAAACAAACAAUGUGCAUCUAUCUUUGAACACUAAACAAACAAUGUGCAUCUAUCUUUGAACACUAAACAAACAAUGUGCAUCUAUCUUGAACUUUUAAUGUUCAAACAUGAAGUCUUUUCAAUUUCAAAUAGAAACACAAUAAAUACAAGUUCAUGAAUUCACAAGUAAUUUGUAAACAAAAUUUAGGUGAUAGGUCUAUCAUUGAAUUUGUUCUCUCAAGAAAGUUAGUUAUGGACACUUCCAUAAUGACCAUCACAUGAUGAUACACAGGAUAGAUUGACAGCUCAUACAUGUUAAUGAAACAAAUUACAUUAUUUUACUAUAUACAAAAGUGAAAUUUGUUUACAUUUAUCAGAUAUGAUCACUUAGCCCUAUGACAAAUAUUUCCCUCUAAAUACUGACAAGCUCAACCAUAACUAUAUACAUGGGUAGCUGACAUUUUAACCAGAUGAACUACUUGGUACUAGGAACAAAUCUGACCAUGUGGCAAGCCCACUGCCAGAUACAAUUUAUAACAGAAGUCAGUUCUGACAAAUUGUACAAAAGGACACAGUCACUGAGGAAUUCAAAAUGAAUAACAUUAAGUAAUCUAGUCUAUAGUAAACAGACAUUUUAUUUUUUCCUUUUUUGGUGUACUCUAGAUUUAUUUCCCUUGGCAGCACCUUUCUUGGCUCCUUUCACCAAAUUACUGAAUGUACCUUUUACUUUCAUCUGUUUCCUGUAAUUGAAAACAAUUGGUCAAUAGUGUGGAGUCUCUACAAUAACAUGCAACCUGAUGGUAUUUGUGUGUGUUAAGGCAAACCCAAAGUAUGUUUGUCUCCUACCAUCAGUGUGAAAGUCAAUGAACAUGUAACUUACCUCCUCAAUGGGGAACACAAUACACAAAUAAAUACAAUUAUAAGAAUAAAUGAGUUAAGGAGUGAAAGAAUGCCUAGAGCUAAUUAUGCUAUCUAGUUGUAUUAGAAACACUACAUAUCAUGUGUGUUAGUAAAAUCAUUAAAAUUGAAUAAAUUAGUUUGUAUACAAGAUCUUAACUUACCUUUUAUUUAAAUGAUUAAAGUUUAAUGGAACAUA